AUCACUUUUCUCGCCCCUUUAUUAUUUCACUUCACACACCUCUUUUCUCAUCCAAUCCAUCCAUUGAUCCCUCUCCAACAGCCUUUUCUCAGGUAAUUCCAGAUCCAGAUCUUUAAUUUCUCUUUUCUCUCAGCAGAUCUCACCAUUUUGGAUCCUCAGUAGCAAGAGGAUGGGGCUAACAUUCACCAAACUCUUUAGCCGGCUCUUUGCCAAGAAAGAGAUGCGUAUAUUGAUGGUGGGUCUCGAUGCAGCUGGUAAGACAACCAUUUUGUACAAGCUCAAGCUCGGUGAGAUUGUGACCACGAUCCCUACCAUAGGUUUUAACGUGGAGACUGUUGAGUACAAGAACAUUAGCUUCACCGUGUGGGAUGUUGGGGGUCAGGACAAGAUCCGUCCACUAUGGAGGCAUUACUUCCAGAACACCCAAGGUCUUAUCUUUGUGGUUGAUAGCAACGACAGGGACCGAGUUGUUGAGGCAAGAGAUGAAUUGCACAGGAUGUUGAACGAGGAUGAGUUAAGAGAUGCAGUUCUCCUUGUAUUUGCUAACAAACAAGAUCUUCCGAAUGCAAUGAAUGCUGCUGAAAUCACUGACAAGCUCGGUCUCCACUCUCUUCGACAGCGUCACUGGUACAUCCAGAGCACCUGUGCAACAUCUGGAGAGGGACUUUACGAGGGACUGGAUUGGCUUUCCAACAACAUAGCUAACAAGGCAUGAUUGGUUAUGAGGGUGGAUGUUUGGCGGUUUCUGUUACUGGUUUGUUUGAAAAAAGAUAUUUUGGAUUUUAUAUACCAUUGUUUGGAUUGCAAGUAUGUGUUAGGUAGGUGGUUAUUAUUUCUCAAGUUGUAAGAGGUUAAGUUUUUGUGGUUGUUAGAAGUUAAUGUAGUUUGCUUUGCAUUUAUAUUUGGUAAAACAUUUUUAUUGUAUCGGUUUCUUCAAUUUACAAGUUUCUUGAUUCGGUUGUUGAUGA